UCACAACUUGUAAGAAGUCUUCUUUGGCAUCUACAUACUGGGCCAGCUUCAGGUACACAUUAGCUCGGUGCAGGCGCGCUGCUGUGAAGUCAGACUUAAUCUCCAAUACCUGGGAACAAAUAAAGCCACAAUCCAUCUUUCGUUCGUCUCUUUUCGUGGUUUCUUCUGAUUGGUCCAAAUCAGACAACAGGAAUUCCACAGAUCUAAAUAAAAUAUCACAUACGUCAGUGCAGCAGUCAUUUUCCGAGCAGUUUGAAGUUCUUAUCUGGCAACACCUCGACCCCUUCUUUCAUUUCCAAAGGAAAAUAACAAACGGAAUGGCUGACGCAGCGCCAUCGACAGCGCCCAAGGCGAAAGUGCCUAAAACUAAGGCACCCAAAGAGAAGGCCGCCAAGGCUGCCCCUGCGGCACCUGCAGAGCCUCCAAAGGCGGUGCGCAAAGUAUCAUCGAAGCCCCGUCACGGCAGGCUGUACGCCAAGGCCGUGUUCACAGGCUACAAACGUGGUCUGCGCAACCAGCACGAGAACACAGCUCUCCUGAAGAUUGAGGGAGCAAGGAGCCGUGAUGACGCAGACUUCUACGCUGGCAAGCGUUGCGUAUAUGUAUACCGCGCCAAGAAGAGGACGCCCAUCGCUGGUGGACCCCGUGGCAAGAAGACCAAGCUGCGCGCCAUCUGGGGCAAGGUGACCAGACCACACGGUAACUCCGGUGGAGUUCGUGCUCGCUUCCGCUCCAACCUGCCUGCGCAGGCUAUGGGACACAGGAUACGCGUGAUGUUGUAUCCCUCCAGGAUCUAAGACUCUUCCUGUUAAGUAAUAUAAGCAUAAAAUAAAACCCAAAAAAACUUAAUCUCUGCCUUUUAUUUACAUACUA